GGGCACAAUUACAAAAAUCCUCCGAUUAACCCCUUUAAGCAUGGGAGAAAAUCAUUUUUUCUCGCUAUAAAUAGACAUGCAUGGCUUCUUAGACAAAACCACAGCCAACAACACACCUUUUUUUUGCUUCCUUAUAUAACAAAACUAUCAUUCAUAAGCAGCAGCAGCACAAUGUUGUCAACUAAAAGCUCUUUGCUCUGCCCUCCUUUAAUAAAAACUUCUUCUUUGAAACAAUCCUUAUUCCCUUACAAUUAUAAUGUCGGCAGCUGCCGAAAAAUGCACGGUUCGACUAGUUGGAAAACUGGCGUGCUUUACAACGGCUACUCUUAUUUCACUUCGCCAUGUCACCCUCUCCAGCUGGAGCUGCCUAAAGACGAGCUUGUUGAGGAGGAAGAGAGUUCGGGUCUCGGGAUAGUGAAGUUUUUCCAAGGAAAAAACAUCUUUUUAACUGGUGCCACUGGCCUCCUAGGAAAAGUGCUUUUGGAGAAGAUAUUAAGAUCAACACCAGUGGGGAAAGUGUAUUUACUGAUCAAGGCCAAGGAUGAUGAGGAUGCACUCCAAAGGCUCACUAAAGAAAUAAUAAACUCAAACUUGUUCGAAUGCCUGAGGAAGAAACACGGGCCAUUGUACGAGGAUUUCGUGAGGGAGAAGAUGAUACCCGUAGUUGGAAAUAUUUGUGAACCGAACAUGGGAAUGAGCUCCGAAUGCAUUGAUGCUAUUAGAAGAGACGUCCAAGUCAUUAUCCAAUCUGCCGCCAGCACAACCUUAAACGAGAGGUACGACGUGUUGCUAGCCGCGAACAUGAGCGCCCCUCAACGGUUGAUGAGGUUCGCAAAGACCUGCAAGAACCUCAAGCUCUUCACCCAUAUUUCAACAGCAUAUGUUAAUGGAAAACGAGAAGGGAUAAUUUCGGAAGAGCCGCUAGUUAUGGGAGACAACAGACGAAAGGAAGAAAAAGAAGAUAACUUAUCUAAUCAUACUUGGCCUAAAUCAUGCGCUCGGCUGGACUUAGCUGACGAGAUCAACAUGAUCUUCAAAUCAUCGAUGGCCUCCACGGACUAUGACGCCACCAAAAAUCUGAAGAAACUUGGCCAAGAAAGGGCCGAUUUUUUCGGAUGGUAUAAUACGUACCACUUGACUAAGGCUAUAGGUGAAAUGGUGCUCGAUGAAAUUCGAGGAGAAGUGCCGGUUUUAAUCAUCCGCCCGACUGUCAUCGAGAGUAGCUACAAAGAGCCUAUCCCUGGAUGGAUACAAGGAAAUAGAAUGUUCGAUCCUGUUAUCCUUUCUUACGGAAAAGGACAGCUUCCGGCUUUCUUUGGAAAUCCUGAAGUUACUAUGGAUAUUAUACCAGUUGAUAUGUUAGCAAACACAACAAUUGCAGCUAUAGCAAAUGAGGGAAUAAAUGCAGAGGAGCCAAAGCUUAAAGUCUACCAAGUGGCAACAAGUGUGGCAAAUCCUCUUAAAUAUUCGGAUUUUUUCGAAUACCUUUACGAGUACUUCAACUCUGCGCCUCUACGUGAAUCUCAAAGUAUUUCUAGAAUUGAGUAUUUCGACAAUUUCAAUGAUUUUUCCCGUUACACACGAGAGGAAAUGUCACUACGUGCCGGGUCAGAGCACACGGUUGCUAGCGAUAAACAGAAUAUCCAAAACCGGUGCAAGGCAAAGGUUGCAUAUGCCGAGCAACUAUGCAAGCUGUACGAGUUUGUAGGGUUCCACAAUGGCAACACCGAGAAAUUAAUUGGAAAAAUGAGCAAUGAAGAGCAAGUUGAGUUUGAAAUAAAUGCAAGGAAGAUAGACUGGAAAAUGUACUUUCAGGAAGUUCAUGUCCCUGGAUUGAGAAAACACAUACUCAAUGGGCCAAGGGCUUCAUCACCAUCCACUUGACCAAUUAAUUGUGUAAUUGUAUCUGGAAAAUGUACUUUCAUAUGGUUCUUAAUAGCAGCCUUUGUGAGGACAAGAAAAUGAGAGGCUCUAUUAUGCAGAGUUGUUCAUUGUAAUUGUAUGUGAUGUGUGGUGAUUUAAUCAAUUUCCAAGUGUUGUAUUGUUCUGUCUUGUAUGCAAUUCAAUUUGAAAAUAAAUUAAGUGUACAUUUUAUAUUGGGACGCAUCAAAUACUAUAUAUGUGCUAUCUAUGUUUGGU